CAAUCCAAUCUAAACAAACCACACGAUUUGCAAUUGUACGGCUGCUUGUUAAAAACCCUAACUCACCAAACCCCACCCACUCCUGCAAAUCUUCAAUCUUCAAUCUUCAAUCUUCGUCACACCAUCUCUGCAUCAAAAUCUCAAAAUAUGUCUGACGAAGAGCACCAAUUCGAAUCUAAGGCCGAUGCCGGAGCCUCAAAAACCUUCCCUCAGCAAGCCGGUACCAUCAGGAAAAACGGUUAUAUUGUUAUCAAGAAUCGUGCUUGCAAGGUUGUAGAAGUGUCGACUUCGAAGACCGGAAAGCACGGUCAUGCGAAGUGUCACUUUGUUGCGAUCGAUAUCUUUAACGGAAAGAAACUUGAAGAUAUUGUUCCUUCUUCCCACAAUUGUGAUGUUCCACAUGUUAACCGUACUGAUUACCAGCUCAUUGAUAUAUCCGAAGAUGGAUUCGUGAGUUUGCUGACUGAAAGCGGUGGUACUAAGGAUGACCUCAAGCUUCCAACCGAUGACAGUCUGCUUACACAGAUUAAGGAUGGUUUUAAUGAAGGAAAGGACCUCGUUGUGACCGUCAUGUCUGCAAUGGGAGAGGAGCAGAUCUGUGCCCUCAAGGAUAUCGGUCCCAAGUAACUUCUAGAAGUUAAUCUUGUUUGAUUUGAGAUGGAGACUUAUUGUUAGCUUUCGUAUUAAAGGUUUUUAUGCGGUUUAAUGGAUCAUUAAGAACCAUAGGUUGGAAUUAUGGUGUUUGGUUAUUUGAAGAUUUCUAGUUUUCUACUAGGUUUCUGUUUUCUACAGUUUUUUUUUUUGUUUUGUUUUGUUUUGUUUCGGUUUAAGUUGAUGUGUUAUCUUGACAUUUUGGUUGUUUGGUGAGGGAUAUGUACACUUUGCAUCUCAUUUGUUGGGAAGCUGACUUGUGAACUUAAGAAAUGCCUAUUUUGCAUAUCUA